AACCAGGUGGGUGUCGACGAACGCGAAGAAAACAUUUUUAUAGAAAACACAAUGAAUAUUAAUUAUGCGAGAGUUCAUUGAUUCUAAAAAAGAGCACUUUGUGUCCCGAUAAUGUUGAACGUGCACAAAAUAUGGCUUUUCUCGUGUCUCUGUGUUGUUGUUAUUGUUGUUCUAUAUUUUCAAGCAGAAAUUGCACGUUUAGAAGACAAAUAUAACAAAUUAGAAUACAAGUUUGCUCAGAUACAUUCGGAACCUCGUCAAUUUUUCCCAAAAGCAAUAGAAAGAGUUGAGGAUGACUUAGUAGUGAUAUAUAAUAGGGUUCCCAAAACGGGGUCCACUAGUUUCGUAGGUGUUGCCUACGAUUUAUGUAAGAAAAAUCAUUUCAAAGUGCUACAUAUCAAUAUUACCGCGAACAUGCACGUCAUGUCGCUCAGUAAUCAGUAUAAAUUUGCUCAGAAUGUCACAAGAUGGAAUGAUGUGAAGCCCGCAUUAUAUCAUGGGCAUAUGGCAUUUUUGAACUUUGAAAGACUGGGAACAAAUUCAAGGCCUAUAUUUAUAAAUUUAAUAAGGAAACCACUGGAUAGGCUGGUAUCUUAUUAUUAUUUCCUACGCAACGGAGAUAACUUUAGGCCCCACCUAGUUAGAAAGAAACAUGGAGAUAAAAUGACUUUUGACGAAUGUGUUGAGAAAAGUCAACCUGAUUGUGACCCCAAUAAUAUGUGGUUACAAGUGCCAUUUUUCUGUGGUCACUCAUCUCAGUGUUGGAAACCAGGCAGCCACUGGGCAUUGCAACAGGCAAAACAGAAUUUAGUCAAUCACUACCUAGUGGUAGGUGUUACUGAAGAGAUGCAAGAUUUCAUCUCCGUACUAGAAGCAGCGCUACCUCGGUUCUUUAAAGGAGCCACGGAACAUUAUUUAAACAGUAACAAGUCGCAUUUACGACAAACCAGUUCUAAAUUAGAACCGAAUCAAGAUACAAUAGAUAGGAUACAACAGUCGAACGUAUGGAAAAUGGAAAAUGAACUCUAUGAGUUUGCAUUAGAACACUUUAAGUUUGUGAAGAAAAGGUUACUUUCGAAAGAACCGAACGGUGUAGCUCAAAUAUAUUUCUAUGAAAAAAUAAGGCCUAAAUGAGACUAUUUCUAAGGUUAUUACUUGUUGUUACUCUUGCUACGUUAUCAAGUGAUGAAUGAAUUUAAAAACUUGAUUCUAAUAUAGUUAAUGUUUUGUUUUUGUGUACUGAAUAUGUUGCAUUUUAUAAAAUGGAAGAAACUAAUUUAUUAAAAAUGAUUUGCAAUAUUAAUUAUGGUAAUAAAUUACAGUUGACUCGAAUAGAAUAACGUAUGAAAUUAUUCUGGCCCAAUACAAUUUGGUAAGUGCAAUACCAUAUUCUUUAUACUAGACCAUUUUUAUACAGAUAUAUGUAUAUAAGUCAAUGUUAGAAAUAACUCUAAGUGCAUUGCCUUGUAUCCAGAAGGAAUUUGUUUAGAAGUCACAUUUUUUUUAAAUCUUUUUGUUUUGACCUUUUGAAUGAAAACUUUACUCUUUAAGUAGGUUAAUUGAUGACAGGACAUGUUGAAUUUCUAGCUUGUGUUUGCAUUAAAGUUCAAAAUUAAUUGUGGAAAUCUUAAAGCAUUUGUCAGCCCUCAGUAAGCUUUCUAAACUAGUUGUUAAAC